AUGGCUUCCAAUUCCAAGUCUCAAAAGUCAGUGAAGAAUUAUUUUACCAAAGUUCUAAAAUCAAGUUUGGACUCUCAUGAUCAACCUAAUCUAGAAGAAAAUGUCAACCACUCAAAAGUACCAUUGCCUUCUUUUCAAGAAUUUGAUUUGAAUUCUUUAAAGCAUGAUCCGGGUGAAAGCACUCAAAUCUUGGACUUUCAUCCAAAUCAUCGUGAUGUCAUUCGAAGAGAAUACCUUAGGAGAGGUCCUUGUCAACCUUGGCUUAAAGAGUAUCCUAAAACAAAAGUUUCUAGAGACAUACGUCAUUUUAAUCCUCAGUGGUUUAGUGAGUAUUCUAAUUGGUUAGAGUAUAGUGAAAGUAAAGACGCAGUCUUUUGUUUGAAUUGCUAUCUAUUUGCAAACGAUAAUAUUCAUCAAGGAGGGGGUGAUGUAUUUUCGACCACAGGGUUUAGGAGUUGGCAAAAAAAGAAGAGUCUUAAAAAAUAUGUUGGUGGCGGAAAUAAUAUUCAUAAUCAGGCAAGAAAGAAUUGUGAAGAUCUAGUGCGACAAGAGCAAUCUAUUCAAUCUGCACUUGUGAGGCAAGAUUCUCAAUUUAAGCAUGAGUAUUGGCUCCGCUUAACUGCUUCAGUUGAUGUUGUAAGGCUUCUUUUGAAUCAAGGAUUGGCAUUUCGGGGUCAUGAUGAAUCUAAAUCACCACUUAACAGAGGUAAUUUUCUUGAAAUUCUUUCAUGGUAUUCUGAAAGGUGUGAUAACAUUAAAGAUUUUGUAUUGAAACAUGCUCCACAAAAUGAUCUGAUGACUUCUCCAAUGAUUCAAAAAGAAAUUGUGACUGCAUGCAAAAUUGAAAUAAUUAAGGCUAUCAAAGAAGAAUUAAAUGGUGAUUACUUUGCCUUGUUGGUUGAUGAAUCGUUUGAUGUAUCACGCAAGGAGCAAAUGGCCAUUGUUUUACGAUAUGUUGAUAGAGUGGGAUUUGUGAUGGAGUGA